UUACACAAUUAAAUCACAUCACUGCUCAUACCUGUAUAAAAUGACACAAACUACCAAAUUUACUUCAAUUACUCCCCACCAUGAAGUUUCAUGCCACUGAGCUUUCUAGUGGAAACAGCUCACAGAAAAGGCUGUUCCUGAUAGCCUUCACUUUAAUUUUCCUCACCAUAAUCCCUCUGUAUCUGUUGAAGAAUUCGCGCUCACCUUUACCAUCUCAUAGUGUCAAUAUCAGUGAUUUGAGAAGCAGAGAAAGAGUGAAGGAAUGUGAUAUUUUUACUGGAAAAUGGGUGCCUUAUCUCAGAGGACCUUACUAUACUAAUGCAACCUGCAAUUUGAUAAUAGAUCAGCAAAACUGCAUGAAAUUUGGGAGGCCUGAUACAGAGUUCAUGAAAUGGAGAUGGAGACCAGAGGAAUGUGAGCUUCCUUUCUUUAACACAGUGCAGUUCUUGGGUCUUGUUAGAGGGAAAUCGAUGGCCUUUGUUGGGGAUUCAGUGGGAAGGAACCAAAUGCAAUCACUGUUGUGUCUCCUAGCCAGUGUGGUCCACCCAGUGGAUGUUUCUCACAAAUAUACAUCAGAUACAACAUAUUUCAGGUACUGGUUCUAUAGUGAUUACAGGUUUACCUUAGCCACUUUAUGGUCUCCCUUCCUGGUUAAAUCCUGCGAUGCAGACCCCAGUGGUCAUUCUCUCAACAGCCUGAUGAACCUUUACUUAGACCAGGCUGAUAAGGCAUGGGCAAGUCAGAUUGAAAAUUUUGAUUAUGUGGUCAUCUCUGCCGGACAAUGGUUCUUUCGUCCUCUGAUAUACUACUUGAAUGGCCAGAUUGUUAGCUGUCACAACUGCAAUAAAGAAAACAUUACUGCUGUUACUAAGUACUAUGGAUACAGGAUGGCCUUUCGAACUGCCUUUAGGACCCUUCUGAGGCUAAAAGGAUUCAAGGGUAUAACAUUUUUAAGGACAUUUUCCCCAUCCCACUUUGAGAAUGGGGCUUGGAAUGCAGGAGGGAGUUGUCCAAGGACGAAACCCUAUACAAGUGAAGAAAUGAAGCUAGAAGAUUAUAACUUGGAAUUCUACUUAACACAGGUUGAGGAACUUAAGAAAGCAGAGAAAGAAGGGAGGAAGAGAGGUUUGAAAUUUGUGCUGCUAGCUACUACUGAAGCAAUGCUGCUUAGACCAGAUGGACAUCCAAAUCAUUAUGGACACUCGCUGCAUUGGAAUGUGACCGUAGCCGACUGUGUUCAUUGGUGCUUGCCAGGCCCCAUUGACACUUGGAAUGAGUUUCUGCUUUAUGUAAUAAAGAGGGAAGCUCAGAGAUCCUUUCGUGGUGAGCUGCAGAAAAUUGUUUGAUGUUUAUGGAUACAUUUUUUACAUAUAUGUUAAUGAUUAUUCUUUAUAAUGCAAUGAUUUGUUAUUUUGACGUAAAUUAAAAGCUGAAAUUUGAAAUCUCAUUGGUUUUUCAAUAGUUCUGCGACGGUACAAAUGAUCUCAAUGCAUGUAGCAGAUAAACCUGUUUUGAUGGGAUUUUCUUAUCAAGUAAUAAUAAAGAAUUAAAGAUUGCAGUUCAAGAAAAUCACUUGGCUCUUAACAAUACUGGCUGCAAUAAGGUGGUAUCACAUGGCAGUUUUGCACACCAUAUCAAGUUUACAUUUA